AUGUUCUUCAAGCGCCGCUCCCGGGCCAACAGCUACAUCGACAACGACGCUCCCCCACGCUCCCAGUCCUACGACGACUACGAGAAGCGCCCCGACUCGAGCCGCGAAAAGCACCAGCAGAGCGUCUCGUCGCCCACCGAGGAAGACAUGUAUCCGCGCCCGCAGCAGCCGCAGGAGCCCUUCCAGCAGGCGAGGGGCAUGCCCAACGGCGGCCACAACGCGAUGCCCAACCUGGGCCAGCCCACGCCGCCUCUGAGCAGCGGCAAGACGGAGCCCAUGCCUGACCUGCUGGCGCAGGCCUUCAAUCAGGCCGUACGCCCGUACACGGAUAAGAUUGAGCAGCUCGAGAGCCAGCUCGCCGACAUGCAGGCCUGGGUCGAGCAGCUCGAGCAGCAGCGCGCGGAGGUGCACAGCUGGAUUGAUAAGCGCGGACUGCGACCUGACGUCCCGCCCUCAAUCGCAAAGAUCAUGGACACCACCACGCCCGAGGCCGCCGUCACCCUCAACGCACAGCUCGACCGCAAAAUCACAAUCGUGAACUUCGACCUGCACCGCCUGCAAGACGACCUCAACGACUCUAUCUCAAGCGCACACUUCGCCUCGGCAAUGCUCAAAUUCCUCCCAGACAUCCAGCGCCUGUGCCUUCUCCCGGCCGGCCCCCGCCACGCCUUUGACCUUGUCCUCAAGCUAGGCGGCAAUCUCAACUCACACGGCGGCCUCGACAGCAACGAUGCCACCGACAUCGCCGCGCGCCGCGACUUCUACGGCCGCCUCGACGCCGCUAUGGUGGACGUCGUGUCGCGCCGCUUCGGCGAGGGUGAGGACUGGAACGUGCAGCGCGAGAUCAAGCGCAUUGAGAAGACGGCGAGUUAUCUGCGGACGUUCGGCGUCGAGCCGUACUUCCCGCAGACGCUGGAUCUCAUGCGCAGGGAGAUUGAGUACAGGGGUGGACAGCCGGUGAAUGGUGCGCCGAACGGCCAGGGGUCGCCGCCGCGGUACCAUUGA